GCGCGUAGUACACCGAAGGCCUUGAACAUUUCUGGUGCAGGUUCCAAAUGACAAGAAAUUUCUCUACGGGAAUCUAAAAUGCACCACGCCAGUUUUGCUGUCUCUGUCCAGAUAUUUAGGAAGUGGAGCAAGGGAUUCACUCGAUCAUCCUUCCUGCUCAGGCUGUGGGGAGGAUUUCACUCUAUCAUCUGACCGACUGGCACGCCUGUCAUUUUAAACAGGUGAUUCCCAUUCAUCUGCUCAGACGGUAUGAAUGGAUUCAGAUAUUUCAGCUAAAGGGACAUCAGCAAGUUCACACUGGGACAAUGCCAUUCACCUGAUCUCUGUGUGAGAAGGGAUUCAGUAGGUGUUCCCUCCUGUGAACAAACCUGUCAAUUCACACUGGGGCAGAGGCCUUUCACCCGCUCAGACUGUGUGAAGGGAUUCACUAAGUCAUCCACCCUAAUGGCUCACCAACGAGUUCACACUGGGGAGAGACCGUUCACCUGCUCAGACUGUGGGAAAGGCUUCAGCUGCUCAUCUAAACUGAAGGUACAUCAGAGAAUUCACACUGGGGAGCGGCCAUUCACCUGCUCAGACUGUGGGAAGGGAUUCACUCAGUCAUCUGAACUGACGGUACAUCAGAGAGUUCACACUGGGGAGCGGCCGUUCACCUGCUCAGACUGUGGGAAGGGAUUCACUCAGUCAUCUAAAUUGAAGGUACAUCAGCAAGUGCACACUGGGGAGAGGCCAUUCCCCUGCUCAGACUGUGGGAAGAGAUUCACUCAGUCAGCCCACCUACGAGCACACAGGUCAGUUCACACUGGGGAGAGGCUGUUUACCUGUUCAUACUGUGGGAAGGGAUUCAUUUUGUCGACUCAGCUACUGAGACACCAGUCAGCUCACACUGGGGAGAAGCCAUACACCUGCUCAGUGUGUGGGAAGGGAUUCACUCGGUCAUCCGCCCUAAUGGCUCACCAGCGGGUUCACACCGGUGAGCGGCCGUUCACCUGCUCGGACUGUGGGAAGAGAUUCACUCAGUCAUCUCACCUACAAGCACACAGGUCAGUUCACACGGGGGAGCGGCCAUUUACCUGCCCGUACUGUGGGGAGGGUUUCACUUUGUCAUCUCAGCUACUGAGACACCAGUCAGUACACACUGGGGAGUGGUCGUUCACCUGUUCAGACUGUGGGAAGGGAUUCACUCAGUCAUCUCAACUGAAGGUACAUCAAAGAGUUCACACUGGGGAGCGGCCGUUCAGCUGCUCAGACUGUGGGAAGGGAUUCACUCGCUCAUCUGAACUGAAGCUACAUCAGCGAGUUCACACUGGGGAGAGGCCGUUCACAUGCUCAGUCUGUGGGAAGCGAUUCACUCGGUCAUUUCAUCUGAAGGUACACCAGCGAGUUCACACUGGGGAGAGGCCGUUCACCUGCUCAGACUGUGGGAAGGGAUUCUCUUGCUCAUCUCAACUGAAGGUACAUCAGCGAGUUCACACUGGAGAGAGGCUGUUCAGUUGCUCAGACUGUGGGAAGGGAUUCACACAGUCAUCCCACCUACAAGCACACCGGUCAGUACACUCUGGGGAGAAGCCAUUCACCUGCUCAAGCCUGAAUUAUACCUCUGAGUAGGCACUAUGGUGUAGCAUAUGCAGUAGCCCAUGCAUGUUGUCUACACAGUUGUGAGCAUUUCUACUUGUGUGUUUGUGUGCCUGCGUUGCUCUGCCAAAACGCUAGUUGAUGUUGGGGUGCUAUUCCACUGUGUUGAAUUGACUCGAGUGGAGUUGGGAACGAUGGCAACUGCUGAGUUCAUCUUUUUGGAGUUGGAGCUAAUGGAUGUUGCACAAGAGUUACUUUUAUUGAAAUUACUGCAGCGCAGAAAGAGAGAAAUUUUUCCAUUUCUUUGUGCAGUCCAUGACGUCCAAGCCGCUCUUGUGGAAAUUUCUUUCCACAAAUUUGAUGCCAUUUUCAAGUCUUUAUUGUGUGCCGGUGAAGAGUCGUGCAAAUGUACAUAUUUUCUGACUUCCUCACUUACCCUCUCCUCAAUUUGUUCCAUUUUCCAACUUUGAAACAACAGGAUAUGCGUAGGAGGAAACUGGCUGCUGCCAAGUAGAUCAAUCACAGUUCUUGCUGUCUGUGUCACCACGAUGCAUAGUUACAGUUUUGGGAAUGUGCACGUUAGGCUACAUUAGGCAAAAGACUCUCUUGGAGGCGCUACAUGGAGUCGCUUU